ACCACUUCAGACCAAAAAGGACUACAAUUUUGUUUUUAAAGAUAUUAUUUAAGGAUUUUUUUAUUUUUUUUAAAAUUUGUGACUGAUCACAUGCCUCUGUGAGUCCGGAUUGCAUGCCCAUGACAAGACGUGGGGGUUAAACCCACAACUGUCAACAAUGUUUACCCCAAGGAAAAACAGUCUUCCCUCUCCCAGCCUAGAGGACUCCUUCUUCCCUCUCUCUUCAUCUUCCUCUGUAUCGCUCGCCUUUUCUCUGCCCUCAUCCACAUCCUCUCCUGGUGGCAUUGAUGGCGGAGGCGGGAUAGAAACAGACCUGAUACUGGCUGCGGAAUUGGGCCAGGCUUUACUGGAGAAGAAUGAGGAGCUGGCAGCCUCUCUGGAGCAGAGGGAGAGGGAGGUGGAAGCUUUACAGCAGGAGAAACACGUUCUUCAUAGGAAGUUGGACAUGAAUGAACUGGCAUCUGGACAGAAAGAGGCAGAACUGAUGGCAGAUUUAGUGGCAUUAAAGUCUGAACUGGAGCGAUAUCACAGCCAGGGGCGAGACCGGCGAAAAGAUGAGAGUGAGCAGCUCACUCAGUUAGCCAAUCACAACCAGCGCUUGGUGGAGCAGCUUGCAGAGGCUGUUACACUGGAGCACUCCUUGAGGACUGAGCUUCGUUCCCUCAGAGAAGAGAUGGAAGAAUCAUCUUUCAGCCGAAAUAUCAGUUUCACACAAAUAGAGAGCAUACAGGCAGAGAACAGAGUUUUGCUGGAGCGGCUGUCACACAUGGAGACACAGCUAAAAGCCACACAGGAGGACAGCGAUAGAGUCCGCAUGGAGAGAGAUGGCCUGAGAGACAGACUGUCAGAACUGCAGGUGAAGCUGAGAGAGAAAGAAGCAGAGAUAGAGCAGGAACAGGGAGUGGUGUUUGAGUUGCGCACCUUGAAUCGCUCUCUACAGCAAAAAGCUCUGAACCUGGGAGAAGAGAGCAUCCUGGACAGUACACACACACCACCUCUGUCUCUACUUAGUGAAAUUCAACAAUCACAGGCUAAAGAGGCACUGCUAGCUCACUCCACCAUCCUCCAAGCAAGAAAUGAAGAGAUACAAGCACUCAAAGAAGAGCUGCAAUCUAAACAAAAAGAGCUGGAGGCUUUGAGGGAAGAAAUAGAACCGUUUAGAGGCAGUUCUAAAAAGCCAAGCUACAGUUCUUUAGAGAGUGAACUGGCCACAGUGCGUCAGGAGAAAGACUCGCUGACCCAACAGCUUCUCAACACCAUCAAACACAAAGUGGCGCUGUCCCAGGAGCUGGAUGCCUGGCAGGAGGACAUGCGACUGGUGAUCAAUCAACAGGUGCAGCAAAGAGAGGACGAGAGACAGAAGGAACAGCAGCGAGAGAAAAACAGUUCAGUAGGACUCCAAAGAAGCAAGUCUUUGAAAGUGAAGGGAGAAGGAGGGAAAGGAUUCUUCUCUUCCUUUUUCAGAGACAAAUAACUGGGCAAAUAAAUGGACAGAGUAUCAGCCUUUAUGCUUUCCAGUACUAUCAGCUCACAGAAGAUGUAUGCCUUGAUGUCUUAUAAGCAUC